GUGGCGCGCGCGGGCCGAGAGCACUGGAGCCCCAUGGAGCCCCCAGCGUUCCCCGCCGGCGCCGGCGGCCUCCAGACCGUGAGGGCUGCGCCCGGUAGUGACGCCGACCUUGUACUCCCUCCGCCUAACGGCACACCACCUUUCCACUACGUAUGGAGCCGUGCGGGAGCGUCGUUGGAUGAUCGCUUCAGGGCAUCAGAGGACGCGGGCGGUGUUCGCUUGACGGUCUCCGCUGCUCGCACUGGCGACAGUGGCAUUUAUACACUGCAAGCCAGCAAUGCUGCCGGCAAGGACACACGCCGCCUGCGACUGGAGGUAUCAGCAGAGGAGACGCCCAGCGGCGACGACCCGCCGACCUUCCUGCGACGUCUGCAAGACCUCACUGUCAAGGUCGGCACACGGACUCGUUUCCUCGUCGAAAUCGUCAGCUCCACUGAAUGCAAGGUGACAUGGUACCGGAACGAGCGGCGGCUGAUGGAGGCGGAACGCGUGUCACUGGUUCGCGAUGGCAACUUCUGGUGCGCGGACGUGGCCGCGGUGAGCGUGGAUGACGCGGGUCGUUGGACUUGCACCGCAGAAAACAUCGGCGGAAGAGCCAGCUGCUCAGCGCAUCUUAAUGUACUUGUACCAAAGGCAUAUAAGCGGCCAGAGUUCGUGGAGGAGCUGCGUGCCGUACUUACUGAACAGGGCACUGUUUCGUUGGAGUGCAAGGUUGUGGGGGUACCAACACCGAUCCUGCGCUGGUUCAAGGACAGCCGCGAGAUCAAGGCCGGUGAUGUGUUCGCCCUCACUGCUAAUGCGGAGGAUCCAACUUCGCUUGGCACAUACACAUGUGAAGCUGUGAACUGCAUGGGUCGCGCCUAUUCAUCCUCAAAGGUGCACGUCAUCGGCCGCGGAUCAAGAGAUGGAUCUCUUCGACCUGGCCAAUCUGGGGGUGUUUCCCCAGAACCGCCUCUGAUAUUUACAAAAGAGCUGGAGGCACAAUCGGUGAAGAUUUGUGAUCCCUUGACCUUGAGUUGCCACAUCGUCGUCCCGCCUUGGCCCCGGAGUGUUGUCUGGUACAACAAGGAAGGCAAAAUAGAACCAAACGAAAGAUACCAUGUGACAGAGGACGGCGUAGGGGGCUACUUAGUGGAGGUUACCAGUUCGGAAUGGCGAGACGAAGGGGAGUGGAAGUGUGUUGCGACAAGUGCUGGUGGACGUCUCGGCAUCACUACGUGCUAUGUCACUAUGGAAGUACCAAAGAAUUUCCGUAAGCCUAGAUUUAUGGAAAAUUUACAAGCCAUACUCACUGAAGAAGGCCUAGUAUCCUUCGAAUGCAAAGUUGUUGGUUUCCCAACACCAGUUUUAAGUUGGUUUAAGGAUGGUCAAGAAUUAAAGCCAGGUGAUGUAUACCAGCUCACUGGUACCAAUUCCUUAGGCUCUUAUUGUUGUAUAGCCAGAAAUUGUAUGGGACAAGCCAGUAGCUCUGCGGAACUGACUGUAGAAGAUAUACAGAACCAGUUAAAUGAAGAAGAGAAGUUGCAAUUGUUCUCGAAAAAUCAGGCACCGAAAUUUCUCCUAGGUCUUAAAAGUGUGGAAGCAAGAAUCGAUGAACCAUUCCGUUUUACAGUUAAAGUUGCCAUUCCGCCUGAGCCAUCGGUCCUAUGGUAUAGAGAUGAUCAACCCGUCGAUGAUUCACCGCGUUGUCACCUUGAUAAAGAAGAGAAGGGUGGAUUCUUUCUUGAUAUACGAAAUCUUGAAUUUUUAGAUCAGGCAGAAUGGAAGUGUGUUGCUAUCAAUGACUUUGGCCAUAGUGUUACCUCGUGCUUUUUAAAGUUGAUAAUUCCACGUCAUUAUAAAAAACCACGAUUCCUAGAAAAUUUACAAGCAAUUUUAUCUGAUGAAGGAGCAGUCAAUUUAGAAUGUAAAGUGAUUGGUGUUCCACAACCUGUAUUAAAGUGGUACAAAGAUGGAGAAGAAUUAAAACCUGGCGAUAUUCAUAGAAUAAUAUCAGGUCAAGAUGGUACCUGUUGCUUAGGUACUUAUACUUGUGAAGCACAAAAUUGCAUGGGCAUCGCAGCCAGUUCGGCUUCCCUCCUCGGUUUUGACGAUUCGAUGAAAAUUAAAAGCAAAAAGAAAAUAGAAGAACAGAAAUUGCAAAGAAAUUUGUCACUUAGUACUAUUCACGAAGAAAGGACAUCACAAAUGUACGAUACACCUGUGGGGGAUAUAACUUUAGACGAUAAAGGAGAAGUUUCAUUUUCAUUUGACGGAAAAGAAGUAUCAGUUUCAUUGUAUGAGACACCUGAUUUGACGGAAGAAGAAGCAUUACAAAUUGUUGAAAUGUACGCAGAUCAAUUAUCUGAAAACAUCACAGAGCAUAACGUUGUUGAAUUACCUCCAUUAAGGUUUGUGAAAGAAACAUCCAAUUCUGGUAAUUUACUAAUGGAAGCGAUAAUAAUUGACGUCUCACCGGAAUAUUUUGCGUCACCUGAAGAAGAUCUAAGGACAGAAGCGGAUAUUGAAGACAUUUCUAUUGCCGAUGAAAACGCACCAUCCCAACUUUCUUUCGAUCAAGAACAAGAAGAAAAAAUUUUACCCGUCAUGUCUGAUGAUAAAUACGAAAUUUCUCAUAAAUUAAAUAGAAAAAAGUCUGAUUCGCAGAGAAGUGCUGAUGAGUAUUUUAGUUUAUCUCGCGAACAUUCCUUAUCUGAAGAAAAAAGAGAUGAAGAUACAGAAAUAAUAUCUGAAAGUGACUUACUUAGUUUUGCAAGUGCCCACAGUUCAGGAAAACCAAAAACGAAAAUUGAUAAAGUAUCCCCUGAAGAUGCCAAUGAGGCAUUAGAAGAUAAGAAUGUCCCUAGGACAAAAUCGGAAAGAAAAAUUAGUGACGGUUCUAGGAAAUCAAGUACGGAAAGCGAAAAAUCGUUAAAUAAACAUAGAGAAGACAUGAUAGAAAAGCAGAUAAAUCCUAUGGAACAAACAAUACCCAAAAUUAAGUUAAAAGAAACUGUUAUUAGCAUAAGUACAUCUGUUGAUAUUUUGGUUAAAGAAAUACAAAAACUGGAAAAUGAAAUCAUCUUAAAAUCAGAAUUUAUGUCUUCUGUCAUUACAGCAUCAAAGAGUGUUGAAAUUAUAAAUAGCGUACUAUCGCCCUUAUCUGAAAUUAAUAGGAUAAUUAACGAACUUAAAGUGUGUUUAAUGGAAGCGAAUGAAGUUAAUUCUACGCUAUUUUAUAAUGUUUUACAAUCUUUGAAAUCUCUGCAACAGGCACUUACCAUUAUUGAAAAAUGUAUUGACGUUGAGAGCGAGAAUAGAACUCUUGUAAAGAAAACAUGUGUGUUACUAAUUGAAAAAUGUAGCAAUCAAUUUCAAGAUCUUAUGAUGCUAAUGAAGUUAAUAAAAACAAAUGGCCAUGGCAUGGUUGAUAAUAAGGUAUUGUUUGACAUUGAUUCAAUAUCUAACGAAAUUAUUACUAUUGUUAAUUUUACGGCAGGGACAAUAAAAACAAAUAAUUUGCUUAUUGAGGCUGAUAAACUACAAGCCGAAGAAUUAUCUGUUGAAGCGAAACAUUUAAGAGACACUCAAAAGGGUAUACAAGAACUUAAGAGACCGCUUACUUCCUUGCUAAACAUUGUAAAAAAUGCAGAAGCAGAAACAUCGAAAGAGGUUCCGUUUAUACAUAAUAGUUCGGUCAUACUUGCUGAUAUGUCGGAAUCAAUUCAGGAUUUGCAAUGUGCGCUAGAACAGAUCGAGGUAUUGUCAGUUAAAGAAAACUCAAUACCUUUGAACAAAUAUAACACAGAAAUUAUAAACUCUGUUUUGAAUCCCGUACUUGAAUUAAGAAAUUCUUUUGAACAACUAUCUACAGAAAGUAAACAUAUACAAGAUAAAUCUAUGUUAAACCAAAAAUUAAUCUCUGUUAAAAGUAAUAUUAAUGACAUAUUUUCACAUUUAAGUAACAUUGAAGAAAGUGUAGGAGCUUUUGAUAUUUUGCAAAACGACAAUAAACUAGAGACACUACAAAAAAUGGCCCAUAUUUUAAUAUUAUUGGAGAGUAAUUUAACAAUUUUAGACCACGUGCCUUCUGUAAAAGAAAAUUUGAGUCUAUUACAUAAAAAACUAACAAAAAUUUUAGAAAACGUCAUUGAAAGUAAUGAGGCAAAGAAAUAUUAUGAUUUCGUAGAAAUUUGUGACGUUAUAAAAGGAAUUAAUAAUUAUAUUCAAAAUGAUGACUCUCAUUCAAAUCUCAGUUUGGUCAGUGUUAGCAAUGCACUUAAUAUUAUCAAAGAUUGCCUAGUCAGAAAUGUUUUUGAUCCAGAUUUAAAUAAAUCUGUAAUUACUAUCAUAUCUGAAGUACAAAUAUCCAUUCAAGAAAUAAUAAAUCAAGAAGAACAUGAAACUUUUAGCUAUGAUUUCGAAUAUUUACAGCAUAAAUCAGAACAUGCAACUGAUGGAAGUAAAGCAAACAAUGUAAUGGAACAUAUAGAUCAGACUCUAGCAGUUAUUGCUACAGUUGUCUCCUAUGAAUCAUUGAAGGACCAAAAUGCAGUUCUCUUGCAACCGUUGGAAAGCGUUAUUCCCAUUUUAGAAGAACUUAAGAAUGUUGUAGCUUCUUUCAGCUUAGGUGGAAUAGAACGCGAAGAACAUGUGUCUGAAAUUACAGAGGUAACAUCUCAAUCAGUGGAAAUGUUAGCUAAGCCCCUUUUUGAGAUGAAUCGACAUCUGUCAGUUCUUAGUGAAAUCAUAUUGGAAGACCACGAAAGCAUAAAAGGAAACCAUCAACCACUUUCACAAUUUGCUCAAGCUUUAAGCGAAUUAUGUGAGACUUUAGAAAUCGUACAACACGACAUUAUUUCACAAUUUGGUGAACAUCCUCAUCGUUCGUUUUCUUUUGAUUUUGCUGAAACUGUUCAAAGUUUACAUAGUGCCAUCUUGAUGAUACAAAAUAAUAUCGAGUUAGAAGUUCCUGAUGAACUAUCAACUUUGGAAGAUAUAUCAGGUUUAAAAACUACAGCAGAUACGGUACAGUCAGAUCACUUGGCAAUCCCAAUUAUUGAACAUAAGGAAAUACAGGAGAUUUUAGAGCUAACUACAGAAUUAACUCCAAAGACUUCCUUGGCCCACAUUCUAAAUGUGUUAAAUAAACAUAUAGAAAUAUUGCAAAAUCCAGAGAGAGAGGAAAUUAUAGAAAAAAUAUCUAAAAGUAAAUUGCCUCCCAGAUUAUCACUUACUACAGAAUUGGCUAAUUUACAACUAGGAAUUCAAGAAAUUCUACAUCCAACGAUGUCAAAAAGUUUAGAAAAUAUUUUUGCUAUAACAACUAUCACUGAAAUAGGUUCACUAUCUGAAUCAAUGAUUGCAGUACAACAGAUAUUAUCACAAAUUACUACUGAAAACAUUCCAAUUUUAGAAGAUAUUGUAGAUAUUUCAUCGGACUUAACACAUUCCGUUAACCUAUCCAUUGCAGAACUCAAAGAACACCUCGAUAAGUGUAUAGAAGUAAUAUUACCAGCAUUGCACAUUACUGACGUAUCUAUUAAAGUAUCAAAUAAUAUUGCGACUUUAAAAGAAACGUGUGAACUCUUGUGUGAUUUAAUAGCUGACGCUAGCGCAUCUAAUAAGACUUUUAAAGAAAAAUUAAAACCUUUAAACUUCUCAACUAAAGAAUUAUUAGACUCACUAGAUGUGUCAAAGAAGAUCGACGUCAAAAAAAUAAAAUACCUCACCGAAGAACUUUACAAAGAAAGUUCAUGUGUCGGAGAAGAAAUUUUAUCUCUUGCACCAUUACCAAUAAACCAAAUGGAAGAAGAAGCUCAUUUGCUACAAGUUUUACAUGAGUUAGAAUCAUCUAUUUCUAUUUUACAACAAUAUGAAUAUGUAGGUCUUAGUACACCACAACAAGUUAAGGAAAUAGAACCUCAGAUACUGUGCGAAUUAGGUGAUAUUUUGAUUACCACUUCUAAUGUAAUGCACUAUUGUAAAAAUCAUUAUGAAGAUCAAGAAGAUAUUCAAAAUUUUAUUGCUAUGUGCCAAAAUAAAUUUAUUAUCCUCCGUUCAUUAAUAAAUGAAAAUUUAACAUACAAACGUAUCAUUAGAUUGUAUCAAGAAUUUAUUUUGGUUCAUAAUUUAGUUAAUUUAUUCAAAGAAAAUAUUUUGGUAUUGAGAGUGCCUCGUGACCUAGAACAAGUCAUGACAGAGUUUCUUGAAAAUACAAACAACUUCUUAGAUAGAGUACGGAUAUUUGUUGUAAUUAUAUUAGAAAAGCAAAUGGAACUGAUAUUUGCCACCCCGAUGAGAACCCUGACGACCAAUUGUGAAAAACUUGUUGAAGACGUCAUAGCUGUAGGUUCAUCAGAUUUAACAAAUGUAAUAGAAGCAUUUUUAAAGGCUAAAGAGAUUAUUUUGCCAAGUUUGGAUAAAUUAGACGUUGUUCUUAUAAAAGAUCUGAAUUUAAAAGUAUCAAAUUAUGAAAUGGAAGAAAACAUUAUAAAUGCGUGGGAAAAAUUUGAGGAAAUUUUCCAAAAAUACAUUUUGAUGAACCUAACGAACGCGAAGCAAAAGCUAGAAAUAGAUAAGGCGAAGCAAUGUAUUCAAAUGUAUAAUGAUCUUAAAGCUUCGAAUGGAAGAGCAAAACAAUUGAUUCUAUUGAAAAGUAUGGCUGAAUGUUCAGAAAUUCUGAAGGAUAUUAUUUUAGAAAGUAAACAGUUAUUUAGUGUUAAAUUACAGAAUCAACAAUUUCUGGAGAAUUCGUUGUCACAGAUGUACACAGAUCUCUCUAUUUUAAGUGAAAAACUAAGAGAAUACGAGAAAAAAUUGCCUGCAAAAAAUUCCGGCGUUUCUUUAGAUUCGUACAUUUUAAAUCUAAAUGAAAAGUUUUGUAAAUUCAUUGUAGAGCAUAAACAAACACAGUGCCCAAUAACUGUAACAAGUGUCGUUAAAUCGUUAAUUUUGAAAUUAUUCGAUGAGAUUCAAAGUGUAAAAAUGCAGUUAAAAUCUUUCGAAAGACAAUUAAUCCCGAUGACUGCAUCUAUCAACAAUUUUGUAAAUACCUUAGACGAAAUUGAAAAACUAAUUAAUGCUUUAAUAUAUUCACAACAAGCAGAUAAUAUACAAAUUCAACAAAUAGGUAAAAUGAUGGAUCACAUCGAUGAGUUCGUGUCUAAAGAUACCCUAGAAGUUAUCAAGGAUAUAUCGAUCUCAUCAAACGUAGUAGAUGCCGAAAAAGCAGUGAAGUUAGCAACAGAGCUCAGGGAAAAUAUUUCGGCUAUUAUGUUAUCACCAGAAAUCCAUUUAUCCGAAGAGACGCUAAAGGAAAAUCUAAGCGAAGCAGAUGUAUCUCUGGCAUUUGAACUUCAGCAAGCUUUGUCGGUUGUAAUAACGGAAAUUAACGAAAAAGCUGAAGAACUGUCUUCACAAUUCGACGGUAUUAAUAUGCAACAGGUACAGAGUAAUCUGACUAGUUUGUCUUCUGACCUUAAAGCACUCAUCACGUCAGCACAAGUCAUUGAAAAAACAGACGAUGUUAAACAAGCAGUGGUUGAAAGUGAAAAUGCCAUUAAUCUAGACACCGUAACCGAAGGUGUAGCACAAAAAGAGGAAGAAGUGGUUACUAUCGGUGAAAUGAUGGAUCACAUCGAUGAGUUCGUGUCUAAAGAUACCCUAGAAGUUAUCAAGGAUAUAGCGAUCUCAUCAAAUGUAGUCGAUGCCGAAAAAGCAGUGAAGUUAGCAACAGAGCUCAAGGAAAAUAUUUCGGCUAUUAUGUUAUCUCCAGAAAUCCAUUUAUCCGAAGAGACGCUAAAGGAAAAUCUAAGCGAAGCAGAUGUAUCUCUGGCAUUUGAACUUCAGCAAGCUUUGUCGGUUGUAAUAACGGAAAUUAACGAAAAAGCUGAAGAACUGUCUUCACAAUUCGACGGUAUUAAUAUGCAACAGGUACAGAGUAAUCUGACUAGUUUGUCUUCUGACCUUAAAGCACUCAUCACGUCAGCACAAGUCAUUGAAAAAACAGACGAUGUUAAACAAGCAAUGGUUGAAAGUGAAAAUGCCAUUAAUCUAGACACCGUAACCGAAGGUGUAGCACAAAAAGAGGAAGGAGACGUUAAGGAUGGUAUUAGAUACGAAGUGAAAGAAGAUGAAACUGAUUUUGAUGAUGGUGAAACACAAAAUACAUUACACAAUCUUAAAUCAUUGCUUAAGGAAGUAUGUGAUAAAAUCGAUACACUAGCGACUUCCAGGACAGCUGAUGAUAUAGAAAAUUUGCAAAAUACUCUGGAUGAAAUUCAAGCUGUAAUAAUUGCAUUGAAAAGGGACUAUAGUGAAUCCCUUAAUGAUACUCUUAAUGAAAGUCUUCAAGAUUUAGAGUGCAGCGUCAGGAGCGUUCAACUACAGAUAAAUGAAGAAAGUCCUCCCGAACUUGUUAAAGAAGCUUGUGAAACUUUGCAGGUUCUAGUAUCUAACAUGUGCGAAAUGCAUGAAUUCCAAGUAGUUCAAACCACAGGACAUAAAGAGAAAUUAGGUAACAUUAUUACUUCAUGUUCCAAUGAUACUGAAGAAACGAUUCAUCUCUUGGAAUCAGCAUUAAGUAUGAAAUCUGAUGAUGAAGGACAAUUUAAUAGAUUGUACACGUAUGUCAAUGAAUUGAAGCUUGUUAUCAAAUCAUUACAAUCUAGUUUUGCAGAUAAUUCUGAAAACCUUAUUGAAAAAGGCAUUGAAAUAAUGCAAAACUUAGAUCAAAUAGAAGAUCAAGUGUUUGCUUUAGAAAAAGAAGUAGACACGUAUGUAAAUCUAAACACCAUACAAAGGGACAGCAUAGUAACUGCAAUCCAUUCUGUUUACGGGUCCAUUUCAAAUAUGAGAAGUGCAAUGUCAAGUGUACAAAAACAUUACAUGUAUGAAAAUUACGGAAAAUCUUCCGAACUAAUUUUGAACGCAUUGAAAUGUAUUACUUUUAUUGCAAAUAAAAGUGAUAAAAAAUGGAAAACUUUAAGUAAAUCAUUACGUAAAGUUUUAAAUCAUUUCGAGGAUAUAAAAUUUUACAUAAACUUUGAUAAAACUGCGAGGAUACCUGGUGAUGCUUCAUUUACCAAAAUAAUAUUACUGGAUCUUAAAGCUACAAUUGAAUCAUUAAUAUAUGAACAUGAUAAAGAUUUUGGUGAAGACGUUAUGCUUAACAGUAAAUGUGUAGUCGAGUGCCUUGAAAUGAAUCUUCUCAAAAUGGAAAGUAAAUCAAAUUUACAAGUCAAAGAAAAAAUACCAAUUUUUAAAAGUAUUGGUCAAAAAAUAUGUGCACUGGCAUCAUCUAUAAAGGAAUAUUUAGAAUUAUCUGAAGAAAGAGAAAAAGUCCAAAAUAUUGAAGCUUUGCAGUCCCAAGAUUCUAAAUCGAUCCAAGGUCUAAUUGAAGUUGAUAAAACAGAAGAUAUAGUUAAAGACGAAUUAAGAGUUACAAUUGAACAAAUACCCUCCACAGAUAAAGAUAGCCAUGAAAGCUUCGAUUUUAGCAAGGAAGAAAAAGACUCAACACAAUAUUCUUCACAUAUUAUUGAAAAUGUUAACGUGCAUUCUGAAAAUAUAAAUUCAACUGAUGAUAUCGAGAAAAAAGAAAAAUCCGAAAACACUAGUUUUACAAUAAAUACCCAUGCAGUCGACUUUGCUUUAGAAAUUUUGCCAGAAACGAUUAUGACCGAAUAUAUAACAGAGGCAUCAACGUUGAACCUCGAAACACACAAGCCUUUAGAAGCGCCCUUACAGCAAAUUAUAGACACUGGUAUAUUGUAUAAGGCCCAUGUCAAUGAAGCAGUAAUUGAAUCCGUAAUAGAUACAGAUUCCAAAGGUCAUGGUACUAGUCAAGAUUCUAAAGAAUUCAAAGCAUUGGAAAAUGAAAAGCUUACAAUAAAUCAAACACCAGAAGGCGAGCCUAAGUCUGAUGAAACUAUUGACUACACUUUAAGUCAUUCUAUAAUAGACACGAACGAAACACUCAAAAAAGAUACAACUACAGAUGAAUCUAAAUGUGUUACUAUUAAGGAAACAAUUGAAGAUAUUUCAAAAGUAACUGAUCAACAGCCUCAUAAACAACAAAUUUCGACAGAUGUAGAUGAAAAAUCUGAACAAAAAGGACAUGACUUCGUUGCAGAAAAAAUCUGUGAGGAUAUUUCACAGAAAAUUGUCAGUGCCGAUAAUAAUGUUGCUGUUGCCACAGAUAAUGGAGCUCAAAAAGAUAAAAUAAUUGUAGAUAGUGAAAAUGAAAAACAUAUAGAAAAUAAUGAUAAAUUUGAAAAUAACAAUAUUGCAGCUAAUAAAUGCGAUUUGAUUGUUGACAGCGAGAUAGUUGACGAUAAAAAUGUAGUAAACAAAAAUGAUAAAACACGUGAUGAAGGAAGUAAUGAAAUGAAACCUAUAUUAGCGCCCAAAGCUAUCUAUGAACUAGAUUCUCUUGAACAAAUAAAAACUGUUGGAAGUUGCAAGGAAAAUGAAAAUAAUACGGGUGAUAACAACGAAAUUACACAUGGUAAAUCGAUUACAAAUGUGGAAAUUUCCAAAAAGGAACAAGAUAACGGAACUUUACAAGUAAACGUUCAGAAAUUGACUACUGAGGUUAAAAGGGAGGACAAUAUACUAGGAGAUAAAAUUAAAUCAAUAGAAAUGAAAAUUGAUUCUAACUCACAAGCUCCAUUGCUGGAGAAUACAGAAUUAAACACAAAUCUUGAUAUAAACACAGAAGCCGGAAAUUUAGUUAAUGACAACAAUGCUAAAAUAAAUCUGGAAACAAAAGUUAGAGAGGACAAAGACACGGUCACAAUAGCUGACAAAAAUUAUAACAUUGAAGAUAAAAAAGAAAGCACAACUUAUAAUGAUAGACAGAUAAAUCAAGAUAAUUUACACAAAGAAACAUGUAAUCUAGAAAAAACGGAACUUGAAUCAAUAGAGAAUAAUAAGAAACUUUUAGAUUUUGAGGAAGUUUCCGAUGUUCCUUAUUCAGGGAAUGGUGAAAAUCCUAUUAAACAAGAAAUAAAAAUAGAAUUACAAACAACAAAUUUAUUACGUGAAGAAGCUCAGAAGUCUUCUGAAGAGGACGUUGUCUCACAAAAUAGUACUUUAAAACAGAUUAUUACUAACAAUGAUCAAUUAAAAGCCAAUAAUUAUAUAAAUCAAAGUAAGGAAGAAGGAACUGUACUCGAUCAAAAAGCAGAGAUAGAAAAGCGCGGCAAUAUUAUCACUCAUAAAAUUGAUGAUAAAACAGAACUGGAAAACAAAGAGGAAUCAAAUGUUUUAGCCAUAAAUGUAGAAAAUAAAAUUACCGAAAUUCAAUAUAAAAAACUUGAGAGUGAGGAGGAGAAAAAAUGUACAGAUGAAGAAGCGACAACAAGUAAACAUCCAUCAGACAAAGAAAAACCUAGACGUAAGAAAAAAGAUAUCAAAAGUAAAAAGCAAGUGCAUUCACCACUAACUACUGAAAACAAAGAUGAAGAAUCCGAAACUAGUGAGGUCAAAGAUAUUAAUGUUUUCCAACGGAAAGAUACAUUAGAGGCCGAAAAAGAACUUAAAGACAAAUCUAAAGAUGAUUCCGAAGAAACGCCGAAUGUUAAUGAAAGCAGCAAAGUAAGUAAAUCCAGUGAAUCGAUAAUUUUAGAUGACGUUUUGGUGCAAGAGAGACAAAACGUGGAAAAUUUAAGAAAAGACAAAAUUGAAAAUGAAAACAUUGACGUGGAAACAGAUUUGUCUACGAAAGAUGUAUCAAAAUAUCGAAAGGAAGUAACCCAAACUUCAAAAACACUAAAUAGCAACAACCUAAAUAUCGCGGAAAUACAAAAUACAAAAUGUUUCAAGGAAAAUGAUAAUAUUGAUAAUACCAAUGAAAGCAGUAAUCAAAAAAUAUGUAAAGAAUUUGAUUUACAAAUUGAUAGGAACAUCUGUCGACAACUUGAUGGACAUGAUGGAACUAUUUCUAAAGAACUAGAAGAUUCUACCUUGGAGCCAAUAAAUAUGAGCAAAAUUAAGAAAAUCGAAAUAACAAGUUAUGACAAGCUGUACAGUGAUGAGACAGUAAGUGUACAAAAUUCUGGUAAAAGUGCGGACACGGUAACGAAAAAUAAUGCUGUGUUUAUAGAUAGGACAAGCAAUAAUUAUGAAAACGAGUUUUUGAGGCCACCAGGAUACGUUGAGAGAACUUUUAAUAAUGAUCAUUCUAAUUCAGAAUUAGAUGUAGCACAAAACUAUCCAUAUUACAAAGCUCAAACUUUAGUGCGUAAUACUCAAUAUACAUCGCCGUUCAAUACUGACCAAAUUCAAAGUAAUGAGUUGGUAGAGAGAAAAGAUGUCUCGCAUAAGUUAAAAGCGUUGAAUGAAACAAGAAGUUUCAUAACAGAAAAACGCUCUAAACUUUUGCGUGAUGUAAAAAGGAAGCCUGUUUUUUCCACAUAUCUUACUGAUAGAACAGCUGUUGAAGGAUCUAGAGUCAAACUCACCUGUAGUGUUUUAACAACAUUAGAACCAAGAAUCGUAUGGUAUAAGAAUGGUGUUCCACUCGAUAAUAAAUUAAAAUACAGAACAAAAUCAAUCGAUGGCUUGUUGACGAUGGAAGUACUCAAUGCUGAACCGAGUGAUUCUGCCGAAUAUAGUUGCACCGUUGAAACGGAAAACGGAUCAGUAACUACUUCGGCAAUAUUAAAGGUAUAUCCCAGUUUUGAAGUUUCACCCAUACCACCGACUUUUACAAGAUCAAUAAGAGAUAAGUACCAUCUUGCUGAAAACGAGCUGGUGCUAGAAUGUCGUAUUCGAGGACAACCACUUCCGACUAUUACUUGGCUAAAAGACGACAGAUUAAUAAAUAUCAACGAGAGAUAUGAAGCAUUUUACUUAGCUGACGGAGUUUGCAGAUUGACCAUUAGUAAUCCUUCAUCAGAAGACAGUGGUAAAUAUACAUGUAAAGCAGAAAAUUCUAUGUGGUCAGAUCAAAUAAGUCACAUCGUUACAUUCACAGGUAUAGAACCUCGCUUUGGUCUUCAUUCUACAUCUGGAGAAUCGUCUCGAUUAAACCGUCAAUCAUCAGAAGCUCGUCGACCUCAUUUUACAAACGUGUUAUCUGACUAUAAAGUUAGUAGUGGAGGCACAAUCGGUUUGCAAGUGGAAAUAAAAGGCUCUCCAACAAGAGUGGAAUGGUUGCGUGAAGGUCAUGCUAUUACAGAUAUUUAUAGAAAUGCUCAAACUUUUGUAGACCAUGGAUUAUAUACUUUAGCACUAUCCGAUGUCACUGAAAAAGAGUCUGGUAUAUACACCUGUAGAGCUUGGAGUAGGCACGGAAAUGUUGAUAUGACUGCAGCAAUAACUGUUGUCCAACCAAAUGAAAUUGAUGGCAAGCCUGCAGUUAUAAUUGGUCGACCUCAGAAGGACGUACUUAUUUCAGUCGGUGAAGAUUUAAAUAUUUCCUUCAGGGUACAAGGAGAACCCAAGCCUAAAGUGACUCUAAUGAAAGGUAUUCGUGAUAUAACGAAUAGUCCACGGGUAUGUAAAAUGAAAUCAGAUGACUAUAUGAAAUUUACAUUAAAGAGGUCAGUCAUAUCUGAUGCAGGGACCUAUUGCAUUCUUGCAAGAAAUGCCUACGGAUGUGAUAGAGCUUUUGUUACAGUAGUGGUACGACAACGCGCUUCGUCUGAUCAUUUAAUAUCUGAUUGGACUUAUCCUACUGACUCGACGAUAAUUGUAGAUGAACGCAGAUACAAAUCUGUACCAAAUCGCAUCCCGGGAGAGCUGAGUGUAGUGGACGGUGGAAAUAACUGGAUCUCAUUAGCUUGGCCGAAGGUCGAUCCUGAAGGUGGUGCUCCAGUAUCGGCAUACAAAAUUGAGAGUUGGUUACUGGGUAAAGAAGGAGGAGCGCGUUGGACAGAACUUGGUAUUACUCCGCUUAACUCCUUCGAAGCGUAUAAUCUUAAGCAAGGAGAAGAAUACCAUUUCAGAGUGACACCAAGAAACAGAUACGGUUGGGGUGAGUCUGUACAAACAUCGAACCCAGUCGGCGUUGGAUUAGCAGGUGAUAGGCCCGAAUUCGUUGAAGUGCUACCGGGACAGUUGAAAGUUUUGGUGGCGGAGACUGCUACAUUGAAAUGCAGUUUUAAGGGCAAACCUACACCAGAAAUCGUUUGGAUGAAGAAUGGACAUGAAAUUGACGAGGAGGACCAAAGAUUAAAGACAUGUUUAAAUAAUUACAACUGUUCUCUGACCAUCCACGAUGUUCAAAUAAAUGAUGAAGCCAGGUACAGUUGCGAAGCCACAAACGUCCACGGCAGAGCAUCGACAUACGCAAGAAUCGCGGUUGUCACUGACAAGAGUAUUUGGGAGGCGGAUACGAAGCUUAAGAGGGAAAGAUCAUCAGAUGGCGGAGAGUGUCCCCCGCAGUUCACAAUGCGACUACGUGACAGGCGCGUGCAGGCCACGUAUCCUGUCCGCCUGACGUGCCAAGUCAUUGGCAGACCACCGCCCCUCGUCACUUGGUACAAGAACGGGGAAGAAGUCAUCGAUGACAAUCGUCAUACGAAAUCGCAGGACGAGCAUUUCCAUACAUUGGAAAUAGCACCCACAACGCUGGAAGAUGGCGGUGUAUAUGAGGCGACAGCGAGGAACGGCAGCGGCGCAAUCAGCUGUCGAUGCAACCUGGUCGUCGACAAGGGCAUCAGGGCUUACAUCGCUCCGGAAUUUUGUUGCGGACUGGAGCCAUUGUAUCAGCUGAGCAUUGGUCAAGAGUUAAGAAUAUCAGCAGUGGUUGAGGCAUAUCCGUCUGUGGGGGUGACGUGGUACAGGGACGGGGUGAGACUGCGCCCCAGUAGACGAGCUGUGAUGACGUUAGACAGGGACGGGCAGAUAGAGCUAGCAGUAGGCUCAGUGACACAAAGGGACGCAGGUGUCUACACGUGCACGGCGUCGAAUGAAGUGGGCAAAGCAUCUACCUCAGGAAAGGUUGAGGUGUUUGGUGAAAGCGAGGGAGAGAGGAAACAAGCCAUUCCAACCGUUAUCUGCUCAGAUGUACCAUAUUCAAGAGAACCAACUUUUAUAAGAAAGCCAAGGUCAAGUGAAGCAUAUGAAGGUGACACUAUAAUUAUAGAGUGCGAGGUGACAGGAGACCCUAAACCAGAUGUGUUUUGGCUCAGGGACUUUUUGAAGCCAGACUACUACCGCGACGGAUCUCACUUCAAGCGCGUUGGCGACGGCCCUGAGUAUCGUUUCGAGAUUCCGCACGCGAAGUUCGACUACACGGGCGCGUAUUCGGUCGUCGCUAGAAACGUACAUGGGGAGGCCAAAGCAGUUAUAUCGUUACAAAUUUUGGCCAAAGAUCCCCGUUCAACAGAGGAGGCACAUAAUGUUCGUUAUGGCCGAGUAGAAGUGAUACCACGCUUUGAGAAGGAUUUGACUGAUUUAUUGUCUCAUGACGGGGACGCCGUGGAGUUCGAGUGCCGGGUGACGGGUGAGCCAGAGCCCGACAUCAAGUGGUAUCACUACACUAAGAUAAUUCGUGAAUGCUCCGAAUUCGAAAUGAGCUAUGAACUUGGAACUGCGAGGUUGAAGAUCAAGCAAGUGACUGCAGACGACGAAGGCACUUAUACCUGCGAAGCCUAUAAUUAUCUCGGGAAAGCAACCUCCAAAGCUUGUCUUGUCGUUUAUCCGGCUGGUGAGCCGAAUACUUUGAGCCAAAGACUACGGCGGCCUCCGGUGUUAUUGUCGGCCGUAUCAACACCGCGGUCCACGCCUGCGCGAUCCAUCUCCCGUGCUAGAACACCAGGUCCAGACAUAAGAAGUCUUUGCAGUCCUGCCCGCGAGAUUGCACCGAAAUUCUAUACGUAUCCUUAUAACAAAGUAGCAGAAGAAGGUGACACGGUCGUCUUCCAAUGUGCGGCUAAGGGCCUUCCCGCGCCUUGGGCGACUUGGGACAAAGAUGGAGUUGUUAUAACACCCUCCUCUAGGAUAACGAUUAAAGAGAAAGACGAAAUAUUUAGGAUUUUAGAAAUCGAUGAAGUAAACAGCGAAGACGUUGGACUGUACAGAGUGACACUGGAAAACGAUUACGGCAGGGCGGAGGCGACUGCGAGGCUCGAAGUUAUAUCACAAAAAGGAAAGUUCUACGCCAGUGGGAGAUCGUAUAGUGCCUCUCCAAGAAAGUCUCUGCCGUACAAAAGGAGUAUGUACUCCCUUCCGAGACAAGACUGACGAAAACCGAGUACGAAACUAAUGUUUUAAUGUAGAUUUAGAAAAUCGGCGCCAUCAAUUUUAUUAACACGUAAGUACGUAACCCUAUUAAUGCGCUUUCGCGAAAUGGGUACCCAUUUUAGAUUUGUUUACUGCGUUGCGAUUGCGUUGAAUAUUAUUGAUGCGAAUUUAUCUAAAGUAAAUAAAAAGCGAAUUUGGAUUACUGAAGGCGACACUUAUCAUAGGAUAUUUUUCUGGAGAAUGAUGAUCUUGUUUUUCAUCCUAAUCUUUACAUUUUCAGAAUCUCUAACGGCUGCCGCGUGUGACUCUUAAUAAUAGUUUUAUAACAUUUAUUUAUGUGCAUUUUAUUUAUUACAAACAGAUAAUAUUGUUAUU